ACUCCCUUGCUGAACUCAUGAUAAAGCUAGAGACAAGGUUAUCUUCUCAAGGUCCUGGCUGUGUGCCAAAAUGAAUAGCAUAAUCACAGAAGGCACUGACAGAUAUUAUAAACUUGUAAGAGAAGCUCUAUAAAACAAGAAGACAUGAAAGGAACUCCUAAGAAGAUGGAAACUGAGCUGCUACCUACUAUUGUGGCAUUAGUGGUUGGCCUACUCUCCCUUCCAAUAUGUUUUGGCUACACAUUGUUGUGCGAGUUACUUCCACCAGUGGGAAUGCUAGGACUGGCUGGAGCUAUCUUGGCAGGAGUAUUGGCCAUCUUUGUGAUCUUAACAAAGGGAAAGGUUAAGAAUAAAAUGUAUUAUGGUUUUGCUGUAUUCAUUUUCACGGGAAUAAUUGACAUACUUUCUGGACUGGAGAUGGAUGGCAUUGUGCAUGGGUUUCUGACUCUCUAUCUCAAGCAUGGAGAACCAUAUCUUGUGUCAGCAUGGGGUGCUGUGGUGGCCUACUGGGACGGAACAGUGUUCCUCACAUGUUACAUCAUUAUGGCAUACCUUUCGAGUAAUGGGAGAAGCUAUCGAACAAUAGGCCUACACUGGUCCUCAGCUAUUCUUAACAGUAUGGUGAUACUACUGUUGGGAGCUUGUCUCAGCCAAUCAGGGCCUGGCUGGUGCACAAUCCUCAACAUACCCUAUGUGCUGUUCCCUCUAGCAGUGGCAGUGCAAUGCCUGGCAGAAACACCGAAACCUCUGCACCAACCACAAACAAAUGGUAAACCAUCUUGGCUUGACAAAGCCCUGGUUUUCCUACUGAUUGAAUCAUCACUUGCUGCCCUGCUUAAGGGACUGGCUACAUGUGGCAGCAAACAAUAUGUUCCAACCUGGUAUCGCACAAUGGCUGAACCAAUCCUACAAGAGGAAGAGCCAGCACCAUUUGCAGCCAUUCAGGGACUAGUUACUCUGUUCUACUUCCUCCCUGGCUACUUAGUAGUUGCUUGGGGCAUAAUGGUUAAUCCUGGCCAGAGAUGGCUUCAAGAUUUAGCUGUCAUUUUAGCUGGAGCCACACUUCAUGCUGGUGGUUCAACUGUGGGAAUAGUUCUCCAUAAGCUGACAAAACCUGAGCAUCAACUAACAUCAACUGUGAAUCAUUCUGCCUACUGGGCCUUCUGGGGUGUGAACAUACUUCUAAGUAUUGUACCUCAGAUUGUAGCCCUUAGGUUAACGUGGCUGCCUGUACAAGUCAGACAUCAAGUUCAACAUGAGAAACUAAAAACAAAUGACAAAAGCCAGGAGAAGCAAAAGAAGAGUUCAAAAAAGCUAAAGGAAAACUAAAAUUAUGAUGUUCUUAAUAAAUCACUUACAUGGAACAGUACUGUAAGUUUUCUAAUGGCUGUAGCACUGGAAUUAACAAAGAAAUUCCUUUAAUAAAAGAAUAUUUGGAAGUGUUACAAGUUUUUUCAAUAGACACAAAUUUCAUGA